CUGGAUACUGGGAGGAAAACAGCAACUAGCAAGUAUUCCAUGCUGGGAUUUCACAAGACAUGGAGAGGAGGAAACAACUGCCUGUAAUGUGUUUCUGCUGCAAGUGAAAGAAUCUGAAAACUCUCAGGGACAAAAAAAAAAAAGAACUGCAGUGCAUCUUUUACCCACCAACUUCCUUCCAGCUAUUGUUUUGAUAAAGUCUGCUAUAACGGAGAGCGCUUCACACUUUCUUUGAAAGCUACUCAUCUAGCUGCACUGAUAUAUAUGUUACUGUUCCCCAAUGGAGUUCUGCGUUCUCUGGGCUGGAGCCAGCAUCUUGGUGUUACAGGCUUUUCAAGUUCACGCUUUUCUGCCAAUCCCCACAUUGCAUUUUGAAAACAAGAUAAUUGAAGACGAUGACACAAACAUCACGUGCACAUUACCAUACACGGCCCAUAUGGAUGUGCAGCUGGAAAUAAAGGGCAAUGUAAAAUUCACAGACUGUGCGACAAUUAAGGGAAACAACUCUAAGGUCACAUGCAUGCUGGAGGUCACUAAGGACAUGCAUGAGAUGGAGUUUACAUGUGAAGCUCUUUUUAAAACCCAAAGCCAGCCACAAAAGAUGUAUAUUCAAACUGAGCCCUCCUUCACAGACUGUCCUGACAAACAGAUGUGGAUUGAGGGACAGAUAAACAGUUUCCACUGUAAUGCUACAGGAUACCCACUACCAACAGUGACCUGCAAUAAAGAUGAUACUAAGUUUGUACCAUUUCAGAAAUUCACAGCAUCAAAACAUAUGUCUGGAAACUACAAAUGCAGAGCACAAAAUUUUGAUAAGAUUUCAAAGACAGUGACUGUGUCUGUGCAGUACAAGCCUGAAAAUGUCAAAAUUGCAGUAGACCCUUCUUUGCAUCAGGAAGGUGACAAUGUGAGAAUUAGUUGUGAGGCCGAUGGUAACCCCGCUCCUACAUACAACUGGAGCACCCCAUCACCCAACAUAACAUUCUCUCAUGACAAUAAAGUUAUUACUGUCCAGAACAUGAAAAAGAGCCACCUUGGAAGAUACAUCUGCACAGCGCAGAAUGAACAUGGAGCAGCCGCUGUGGAAGAGGACAUAGCUCUAGAAGCCAAGCCAAUUAUAUCAAACAUUAUAGUCAAGCCGUCCAUGGAAGUGAUACAAGGGAAGAAUGUGACGUUGGCCUGCGAGGCCAUGGGAUUCCCACCUCCUUCCUACAGUUGGCAGACCCCAACACGCAAUGUGGUGUACUCGAAGGAUCAGCAUAACAUCACUAUCCAGAAGGCAGAUAAGGAGCACGAUGGGAUUUAUACCUGCACGGUUAAAAAUAUGCACGGGUCAGACGCAAUGACGCGAAGAAUCACUGUAGAAGUAGCCACAGAAGACAACAGCAGAGGAGAACGGACAGAACUUACACUGGUGACCUUGGCCAUUCUGACAUCCAUGAGUUUGAUUUCCCAUUUGUGUUAAAGAUCAGCAUUGGCAUCAUAUGUUUCCAGGGACUAGAACACUUGCUUCAUUUUUUGUUUUACCAGCUCGGAGAACCCAUUAGCAUUCCUAAAAUCCACAGUAGUUGUUGUUGUUGUUGUUGUUGUUUUUUUUUUUUUAAUAAUACAUGACAGAGUGCAGGCAAACAGAGAAACACCACCAUGGCAAGCAGUAUAGUAGGCUGAGGGCAAGAUACAUAACGAUACAAACCAAAAUAUUGUUACAAUAUAAACCACGAAAAGGCACUGGCACUCAUAAAUGGCUAAGUUGUGAAUUGCAUAAAGAAAGAAGACUAAUUUGUAAUGUAGGGGAGGAUGAAGGAAAGCUCAGUUUGGGGAUGACUGAUGAAGCAUCUAAACAAUUAUGGGAGACUCUUCAUGUCCAAAAGGAGGUUCAUGCAGUGAUAUUAUAUGGUAAAUGCACAGUUCAAUCGGUGACAAGUUAGAAAACAGUUAUGCUAGAGCAAAGGACCAUGGGUAGAGGAAAGGGGGGACGGUUGGAAGAUGAGCCAUAGACACCAUGGGCCGGAUGUAAUGACGGCCGUGCUGGACACCAACUGAACUUAGAUGCUUUUUUAAAGGGGCAAUCACAAGACAAAACCAGACAUCCCGCACGACCACCAAACUCGGGUGUCAUUACAUCUGACCCCAUAUUUGAGUAAAUUUGUAGGACCUGUUGUGGAGGUAGCCCCUGACUUUUUAUGGCAGUGAGAUGCUAAGCUUUACCUUUAACCAACUGUAGGGAAGAGACAUCAGGAUCAUUCCAGUAGGAACCAUUCAAACAUCAGGCUGGGCUGUUAAUGUAAACUGCUAGGCUAUCAGCAGCCUUGAGAGCACUGGUGUAUUUAUAAUAGGUGCAGUGUGUGCAGUGCACACGGGCCCCCAGGGGCCCACACCGUACACACUGCACCCAUUAUUUGUAAUAUUUACUCUCCGGAGACCCACGGCGAAGCAGCAGUGCUGCAGAAAUCACUGGGAAAUGGCAUAGCACCCUUUUCCCGGUGUUUCACGCAUGCGCAGUAGGAAAAUCACUGGGAAAAAAUGUCUGACACGCCAUUUUCUGGGAGAUCUUCUCAUACGCUCUAGACUCUGGGACAGCGCUAGGGCCCUCUAGGGACCCUAGUGCCCAGAGUAACAGCGCUGCCGUCAGCUAGAGAGGAGGGGGCCCUGACGGAGCCUGAACACAGGCCUCCUCCUCUCUAGAUACGCCCCUGCUCGAGAGGGAGCCCUAUGAAUUCUUAGUAAUGUUAUAUGAAUGACUUUACUAAUAAUCAGCAACGUCAUCCCAGAAAGCCAUCCCAGAAAGCCACUAUUUUGGGGCAUGUCCAACAAAUGUGAAUAAAGGAACCCAAUUCACAGCACCCUCUGCAAUAAUGUGGGGAAGAUAAACCAAACAACUAAACAUCUUAUGGAACCUGUUUAUGUGGAAAUGGAUGAUUUAGAAAUCCUCUCUCUAAUUGAAGGCCACAAAUUCUCCCCUGGGAGCGGGGAAUUGGGGGAGGGCAGAAGUUUGUAAAUUUUGGAUUAAAGUAUUGCACAUAAAAAAUA